AUGACACAAAGUUGGUCAUCAGCUCAGAUCAGACCGCUGGCUUUCAGAGAUCGAUGCAAUAUGUCCCAAAGUUCCGCUUUUUCAUCUUGGAGGGAUCUCGACAAGUCAUCUCGGAGCGUGAGGUUCAAAGUGACCACAACUAUGAGUUCAUGCUGGCUUACCUUGCUUCCUUCGCACAUGACUUGCCACGGCGCAAGGAACUCGAGUUGGGUUUGGCAUGGGCAUCGAGCCACUACCGCCUCAAUCCUUGGCGCCGUCCCGAGCAGCAUCAGGCUGGACCCCGAUCUUUGCCAGUGA